CAGACGCAGUGCAGGCGAUAGAAGAGGGAGGGAGACGGACAGGCGUCUGAAAUCUGGGAAAGAGCCAGAGAGACUCGGUCAGAAAGAAACAUUAAAUCAAAGAGACCACAUGAGAGCGAUCAAACCACAGGAAGUAUCUCGCGGGGAAAGAAAACCAGCAACUACAAGCCAGCCCGAGUCAUCGCUUCUCCAGCCGGGAGCAGCGCGCUGGCGGACACCGGGAGCGAGCGGGGCAUCGCACUCGUAUUCCCAAACGCGGUGCCGGGGUUAACCCGGAGCUCAGCAACCCGCACGGCAGCCGUUCGCCCCCGCCGCCGCAUCACUUUCAGCGCGAAAGCAGCAGCACCCACGGGGGCAUCCAACAAGCUACAGCGUUCCCAGAAUUGCCAGUAACUUGUCCCGUCAAGGGUAGGCGGAAGCCUCCAACUCAGUCCUUACCUGUGUGUUGCGGGAUUACACGCCACUCGCGAUUACAGUCUGUGUACAGUAUAUCUGUUUUAAAAUAUUAACACAAUGAAACGACUCUAUGAUGAAACCACCUCGGACAGUGACCUGGAGGAGACAAUAGACGUUGGAAGAGAGGAAUACUGCUGCCCUGUGACUCGAUCGAGUUCACCAACUACAACUUCCCACAUUCUGGCACGGAAGAAGAGGCGUGGAAUUAUUGAAAAAAGAAGGCGGGACAGGAUUAAUAACAGUUUAUGUGAACUGCGGCGUCUGGUCCCAACAGCUUUUGAAAAGCAGGGAUCAUCGAAGCUGGAAAAAGCUGAGAUCCUUCAAAUGACUGUGGAUCAUCUGAAAUUGCUCCGAUCAACAGGGGGUAAAGGUUACUUUGACCCUCAUUUGCUCGCCGUGGAUUACAGGAGCAUGGGAUUUCGAGAAUGUCUCACUGAAGUCAUAAGAUACCUCGGCUCACUUGAACAAAUUCAAGGCCGUGAAGGUGCAGAUCCACUUAAGGACCGUUUAGUGUCUCAUCUCAACAAUUACAUGUCCGAAAUAGAGCCUUCACCAUCUUCCUGGAUCCACCGGGCCUGCACUUGGCCACAUUAUCACUUAGCCUCACUGUUCCCACAGCCGGCAGAUGGAGCACAGUUAUCCUGCAGGGACUCUUUUCACAACCCGGCCUUCCUUACUGGCUCGGUGCUGGCAUACUCCAACUCGUCUCUAAGGGGAAUUCCUCUUGACAGAACAGCAUCUACUGUGAUGCCAUCUACUCACUGCCACCUCCCGAACAUUGCAUCUUCCAACCUCCUGUCGAGCCUGACAUCUCCGAUUCACAGAGCCCUGUCCAACAUAGCGUGCACACUGCCUGGUGUUCCGUCCAACAUGAGCUCAGCCAGUAAAGCGCUAACGAGUGUCCACGCAUCCCCGCAGAUUACCCCACCCUUACUACCACCGGCCGGUAACUCCAGCACCAUUCAUCCAACUGCCUCGUCCAUUCCAGGGUCUUUAGGAAGUUAUCACUCCGUGUCACAUUUCCAACUCAAUCCUUCCAAUCAGGCAAACAACCUGGGCACUCGCAAGCCCCAGAGAUCUUGGACAGCUGAGAUUGGGGCUUUCUGAAUCCAUUUUAAUUAAAGGCGGGGGAAAUGACACUUUUUACAACAUUGUAAGAACAUAUUAAGACAGAAAAUGUUCUGUUAAAUAUAAACAGUAAUACUUCUGACUGAAGUAAGAAAGAAAAGAACUUUAUGCAUUAUAAGGUGCAGAGGUUUCAUUCAGCAUUCUCAUCUGGGAAAUGAUUGUUCUUUAUCUGACUAUAUUUUUCCAUAAUUUACUCUACCUUUCCUGACAGCACUGCUUUAGCUUUUCUCAGGGAAAAAAGGCUUGUUUUUUUGAAUUUACCUUUGUUAGGAUAAGCGGGGCAGUGGCUGACUUCAUUAAGAGUUCCAUCAUACUUAAUCACGUCAUGCAAAGUAAAUAUUUUCAGUUUGUUGUUGGUAUAUCUGAUACUGGUUUGUUUUACAAGCCCUUGACAAGGGAGAGUCACCGGUGUGAUGCAUGGGUUUACCAUUUACUCUCAGUUGGCCUCCUUCUUCUUAAAGCUGCCUUCACUCUCUUCCUUGCCAUCAAACUGCAAGGCAGAACUGCACACAGUUUGAUUCUUAUCUGUCCAAUAAUAGUUGUUAAUUACUGAACACGAUUAAUGUUAAUGUUGGCAUUGUUAACUUUGGUCGGUCCUCAAGGAAUUGUCCUUGGCUGUUUCCUAUUUCUUAUCUCUGAGCAACAAAGUGCCCGAUCGUAAAUGUAGCCGACGACAAAAAUCUUUCUGCACCCAUUCACUGACCCUAAGUUGGAAGAGUCUUUGUCUGACUUCCUAUACUGGAUCAGCAGAAGUUUCGUCCCACUACUGGUAUAACUACAGUUAUUGGUUUUGGUAGCCCACAAACCCUAUUCAAAGGUUUGAAGUUUCAUUUAUUAUCAAGGUAUACAACUCUGAGAUUCGACUUCUCCAGAUAGCCACGAAUCCAAGAAAACCAUGGAAGUCGUUGGAAGAAAGACAUCAACCCCGCGCCAAAAAAGAAACAAAAAUUCCAAGCCUCUUUCCAGUAACUAUAUCAAAGUGAAGCAAAACAUUCCCUUCCCAUUUCUAUAUUUGACUCCAAGAUGAACUUCCAUCUGUAUGUAAGUUCCAAUGCUAAGACAGCUUAUGACUUCCCCUUGUAACAUCAGCUCACUCUGCCUGCCUCAUAAACCUUGUCCAUGCAUUUGCUACCUUUAGAUUUAACUGAAACAGGACAUCUGUAGAUAGACUCCCACUUUCUACUCUUCGUACUUGCAAUCAUUCCUAGCAGAUUCUCUCCUCCUGUGUUGUCCCUCAACCAACGCUUGUACCUUCUCCCAGACCCCACUCCUCAACCAUCUACAUUAAUUCCUGAUUGCACAAUGUCUCAAUUUUAACAUUUUCAUCCCUGCUUUCAAAUUCCACCCGGUCUCUGGAAACUGCUCUGACCCCUACAGGACUCUGAAAUCUUGUGCAACCGAUAUAUUUGCUCAUCCCGCCCCGGUAGACUUGUCUUCACCUACAGAGGCUUCAGGCUCUGGAGUUUCUUCAUUAAUCUUCUUUACCUCACUAACUUCCUUUCUAUCUUUAAGAUGCUCCCUGAAGUGUAUUGCUUCGACCAAGCUGUUGGUCAUCUGCUCUGAUAAUCUCCUUGUAUUACUCUGUGUAAGGCUUGGUUAAACUACAAAGCACCAUGGGACUGUCUAAGACAGGGGUUCUUAACCUGGGAUCCACAGAUAGAUUCCAGGGUUUCUGUGAACUUGGAUGGGAAAAAAAUUUGCAUCUUUAUUUUCACUAACCUUAACUGAAAUUUAGCAUUUCCUUCAACGGUGAAUGUAGGCAACAAACCACAGUAGCAUUAGCAGUACCUGUGACUUUGUCACCAAUAGGAAUCACAUAUCACAAUACAGUUGUUAGAAAUAUCUCAAAAAUCAUUAAAUAUACAAAAUAUUGUAAUCCUAUAUAUUUUAUUUUAUAUAUUAUCCUGAGAAGAGAUCUAAAGGCUUCACCAGACUGCCAAAGGGGUUCAUGGCAAAAAAAAAGGUUAAGAACCCCUGGUCUGAAAGGUGCCAUGUAAAUACGUGGUAAUUUUAUUUCUGUCAUUAUUUCCAAUUAUUAACUAUUUUUGAGUCACGACAGGCAGUGCCCAGGCUCAGACCAGUUUCCAUACGUGAUCUAUUUGCAAUUCUUGAACUAUUCCUGCAAACUGUUCGAAAUCCAGACCGUUCUGUAAGUCGGAAAGGAACAAGAGAGGUUACGGAAAGAGCAGUGGUGGGAGAGUAAGCGGGCACGGGCCGAGUGGCCACCAACCAUCCUCGCUGUGUCAGUGAGCAAGUGAAUCGGUUCAGCGCUCCCAGCUCUGUUUGGCCUGAUCCGGCCCCUGACCAGUGUGGCUGUAGGCGUACCAACGCCCUGUUCCCACCUGUCCGCGUCCCCACAACAGCUGGUGAGCCCAUCCUGACGGUCCUUCGAAUGCCAAUGUGUACGUGGUGCCCAUAAUCAAUAAGGCCGAUAGAUUCUUGAUUAGUCGGGGGAUGAAGGAUACAGGGAAAAGGCAAGAGAUCGGGGCUGAGAGGGAUAGUAGAUCAGCUACAAAGAAAUGGCAGAGCAGAUUUAAUGGGCCAAAUGGCCUCAUCAUGCUCCUAUAUCUUAUGAUCUUACAAGUCAGGCAUUCAUA